AUGGUAAAUAGACAAUGUGUAAUACCUAGAGGAAAAGGUGUAGGUGGAAGUUCACUUUUAAAUGCUCUAAUCUAUGUUAGAGGUCAUCCUUCAGAUUUCGAUAAAUGGGCUGCCAUGGGCAACCCUGGAUGGUCAUAUAAGGAUGUCUUACCUAUAUUUAAAAUAACUGAGGGGAUUGAUAAGAACAAUCCAAUGGCAGUCAUUGAUUGGAAAUACCACAAUGCCAGUGGUCCAUGGCAUACAGAAUUUUAUCCCUUUUCCGAUCCAUGUAUAAAUGCAUUUUACGAAGCUAACAAAUAUUUAGGUUAUGAAAGAUCUGAUGUUAAUAGCCCACAACAAAUAGGUUUCACUCCUAAAUGUGUAAAUAUAAAAAAUGGAGCAAGAUUCGAUACUGGGACAGCUUUUAUUUUGCCAAUUGUUGGUAGGCCCAAUUUAAACAUUCUUACAAGAGCUUACGCAAUUAAGAUUGAUUUCAAAAAUGUUUUGGGAAAGUCUGUUGCAAACAGCGUCACAUUUUCUUACAGUGGAAGAUUGCACACAGCUCGAGCACGUCAUGAAAUAAUUGUGUCUAGUGGAUCUAUUAAUACUCCGCAAUUACUAAUGUUGUCAGGAGUAGGCCCAAAGAAGCAUUUACAAGAAAUGAAGAUACCUGUUGUUAAAGAUCUUCCAGUUGGGAAAGUCAUUCGGGAACAUCCAACCUUUUUUGGUUUACUAUUUAGUAGCAACUACACCGAACCCAUUAAGCCAUUCAAGGAAUAUGUCCGGGAGUUUUUGAAUGCCGAAGGUCCACUAACAAUACCAGGAGGUAAUCGAGCCUUUGGAUUCUACAAAACAAAAUACGAACCUGAACCCACAACGCCAGAUAUGGAAAUGCUUUUACUGUAUGGUAACUGUACCGCUGAUUUUGCCAAAAAAGCGUACGCUUGGAAUCAGGAAACAUUCGAUGCAACUUUUGCCAAGGUGAAACCGGCACAGUGUUUCUCUUUGAUGCCAGAAGUACUUCACGCCAGAUCUGAGGGUUCUGUCAAGUUAAAAACCAGCAGUCCCUAUGAUUUUCCCUUGAUAGAUCUUGCAAUGUUGACCGACAAGGAGAAUAUUGACGCCAGUAUUCUUUACGAAGGUAUCAAACUUGCUCUGAAAUUAGUCGACACAGAUGCGUUUAAAAAAAUUGACGCUAAACUAGCAAUUUCACCUUUACCAGCUUGUAAGCAGUAUAAGUUUUUAUCCAAGGAGUAUUGGUAUUGUGCGAUCGAACAGAUGACCCUUUUUCUUUUUCAUCCUGUGGGGACAUGUCCCAUGGGUCCUAAUUCAUCAGAAUUUGUAGUAGAUAAUGAGUUAAAGGUACAUGGAAUCAAACAACUAAGGGUAGCUGAUGCCAGCGUUUUUCCUUUCACUUUGUCGGGACAUCCUAGUGCUGUAUGUGUUAUGAUUGGUGAAAAAUUAGCUAUGAUGCUUAAAGAUAAAUAUUUAUAA